UGGAGAACAAUGCCACAUGCAGAGACCAUCCUACCAUGGUGUCAAAGCCCUACUACAGAGUGGACCUGUUCAACAGGAAGAUGACAAACGUCCUGCUCACAUCUCUCCUGGUCACAACUAUAGAGAACAAGACCGUGGCCCACAUUGGUACCUCGACCGGACGCCUGCUUCAGCUUGUGCUGACAAGAUCCAGCCCUGUCAUCUUUGCCAAUUACUCCUUGGUAGAAAACCAGAGGGUCUCCUCCAUUGCUGCUGUGCAUUCUUCAGAAUAUCUUCUCUUUGUGGUUGGAGACAAGAUGAUCCAGGUGCCCCAAAGAGGACCAGGCUGUCAACACUUCCUGACUUGUGCCAUGUGCCUGACUGCCCCAAAAUUCAUGGGCUGUGGCUGGUGCUCUGGAGUGUGCUCGUGGGAGAGCGAGUGCCACAAUCGCUGGAGAAACGAGUCCUGCCCACCUGGGAUCUCCGGAUUCUUUCCACGGACUGCUCCCCCUGAUGGUCAAACAGAGCUAACGCUGACUGGGUGGGAGUUCCAGUCGCCUUUGAGACCCGUUAUCACCUCCAGAACCCACCAGAUCCGACUGGGACAGACGUCCUGCACUGUGAUCCCAGCCAAAAGCAACAACACACACUUGGUGUGUAAAAUUCGCUCUGGGGCCACUGAGCUGUUCAAACCAGUCAACAUUACAGUGGAAGUGCAUGAGGGCAAAGUGGAGGGACGCUACUCUAUUGAAGGGAAGGCAGAAAUGCCAGGAUUCACGUUUGUGGUUCCCAACAUCACAGAAAUCCAGCCCAACUAUGGCCCUCGUGUUGGGGGCACACUCAUCACAGUGAGUGGGCCUCACUUGGACGCUGGAAAGACCAGGAGAGUCACUCUUAACGAUGUGGCCUGCGACAUAAAAAGGGUCACAGCGCCUAAAGGCAACGUGUCUUCCAUCAUUUGUUUGUCCAAAGAAAUCUCAGAGGUGAGAGAUGUUCCUCUGAGUGUGUUCAUUGACAAGUCUCCUGUUCUCACAACAAAGGUGUUUUACUACAAGGAAAACCCAAAGAUAACAGACGUCCGGCCUGACUGUAGCUUUGACAGAGGUUCAAAGAUUGUCAUUGAAGGGGAGAACCUGGAUUCUGUUUACCGCACCAUCAUCCGCUUUAAACCCAAUGAGAGCCACCUGAAAUCUGUGUCAACGGAGUGCCUCGGCAAGUCUUUACCCACACGGAUGGAAUGCUUGACCCCUGUUUUCCACAGGGAUGAAACUGUGGAAGGAUCGCUAUCUUUUGAUAUGGAUGGAGCAUCAAGCCUGUGGAGCAAAGAGUUCUCCUAUCACCCCUACGGCGAGCCCAUACCUUUUGAAACAGAAGGACAUGUUCUAAAUUUGUACCCUGGGUUUGAUGAGGUGUCACUACAUCACCAAAAGCUGAACCUGGUGAGCUCCUGCAUGACCAUCAUUAUGACGGUGGCAGGUGUUGAUUGUGGUGCUAAAGUCCUGGAUAAUGAGAUAACCUGCAGGAUCCCCAAAAACAUGACCAUUCCUAGUGAGGGACUACCAGUGAAGAUCUCCAUCAACGGACAGGUUCACAACGUUGGCACAGUGGUGAGGGUCAGCAACCAUUACAUGGUGGGGAUCGUUUUGGGGAUCCUGGCAGCUCUGGUUGCCGGGGCGGUGCUGGCCUUUGUUGUCAUGAAACACUUAAGGAAGAAGAAGAAAGCCUCCAUGGUAGAGUCACGUUUAACCCACAGCGCCAACCGCUGUGGUACAAAUAAUGUGGAGAUGUCACCUGUUGGAGACUACAGAAGAGUAGUAUCGCUAAGUCCUCCCACCCCUUUGGUGGGGCCGGUAGCAUUCCCCAGCCUGACCUAUGCUGGAGGUCGCAUAGAUCCGACCCUCACUCCCCUCCUUCCUACAGAAAAGAUCCCUAUCACCAGUUUUAGGCCAGAGCUGCUGGAAGAGGUGAAAGAUGUUCUUAUUCCUGCCGAGAUGCUAGUUGUCCAGAAACAUCGGAUUAUCGGAAAAGGUCAUUUUGGAACCGUCUAUCACGGCUACUUCACAGACUCCAACAACAGAGAAAUCCACUGUGCUGUCAAGUCUUUGAAUAGAAUAACAGAUGUGGAAGAGGUGGAGCAGUUUCUGAAGGAAGGCAUCAUAAUGAAGGGCUUCCAUCACAGCAACGUGCUUUCUCUGUUGGGCAUCCUCCUGCCACAGGAAGGGCUCCCUCUUGUGGUUCUGCCAUACAUGAAACACGGGGACUUGCGGCAUUUCAUACGCUGCGAGAAGAGGAACCCCACUGUAAAGGAUCUGAUUGGCUUUGGGCUGCAAGUUGCCAAGGGGAUGGAGUAUUUGGCCCAGAAGAAGUUUGUGCACAGAGAUCUCGCUGCACGCAACUGCAUGCUGGAUGAGUCGUACACGGUGAAGGUGGCGGACUUUGGCAUGGCCAGAGAUGUUUUCGAUAAGGAAUAUUACAGUGUUCAGGACCACAGGAAGGCUAAACUGCCUGUCAAGUGGAUGGCCAUCGAGAGUCUGCAAACACAAAAAUUUACCUCCAAGUCAGACGUGUGGUCCUUUGGUGUUCUGAUGUGGGAAAUGCUGACCAGAGGAGCCAGCCCCUACCCAGAGGUGGACCCAUACGAUAUAACGCACUAUUUACUGAAGGGCAGGAGGCUUCCUCAGCCACAGUACUGCCCUGACCCUUUGUAUAGCAUUAUGCUCCAGUGCUGGGACCCAGAUCCAGAGUUGAGGCCCAGCUUUGCUACACUGGUGUCAGCUGUCUCCACCAUACUGUCUGGCCUGGAAGGAGAGCACUACAUCAGUCUGAAUGUCACCUACGUCAACCUUGACCAGCCUCAUCCCUACCCUGCCCUGACUGAAUCCGCUGAUGAGUAUGAGUCCACAGACGUUGAAGACUCGGGCUCAAUGUCUUCUUGAUUCACCUCCCCCUACUUACCCCCUACUUUAAACUGGUUCUGGUGCUAAUAGCAGGCGCACAAAAAAGGAAAAAACAAACAAACUUCCGUCUCAUCACACCAGUGUCUUUUACCUCAGUGGAUUUGAAUCAGAAAUGCUGCUUUUCACCGGAACAGCAUAAGUAGUUGGAAAAAGUGAGAAGGCCCAACUGUGGGCUUUAGGUUUGUGAACCAAAGGAAAAAGAAAGACAGAGAUAGCAAGGUAUUCUUCAUCGUAGUGCAUUAGGUAAGUAAAAAGUACCUUCAAAUUACGAACACCUACAGAAGUGCAGACACUACAGCUCACAGAUGCUGGGCGCUGAAGAAGAAAAGUGUGCUUUUUGGUGAGCGAGGCAUUGAUGAGAGGGGAGCUCAAGUGCUUAUUUCUGACAGUGGAUUAAGGGGCUGGUACUGCAUUAGUUCUGGGUUGGUGCUGCGCAGAGCUUUUGCGGAUGCACAUGUUCUUCCUGUGUGUCACCACAUGAAUGCAAAAACAUUUGGAACAACUCAUGUAGGCUAUUCUCAUUCAUGUUUGCGUUAAUGCUUUAGCUUUAAUGGAGAUUUAACAGUGGAGAAGGAAAAGUCCAGUUUUGUUUUCCUCUGUGUCUUCCUUCCAGUUGAAGGCAGCAUUUCAAACACUCAGCAUCUGACAUAUCCUAGUAGUUUGUUUGGGAACUGCAUGCAAGUAGACUCUACAUUGGUUGAAUUCCUGUAAUUCUCUGCAGCACUUUCGGACAUAAAAUACAGUACUGGAAAUGUCAAAUGGGAUAAAAAUAGCAUAAUUGUCACACCUGGUCUAAUGUAUUCAAGACGAAAAGAGUAAAACUACCCACAGUAAUACCUUGGAUUUCAUAUCUGAGAACUCUGCUGAUAGGCUCUUAAACCUGGGCCUCCACAAAUGGAUCCAAAUAAUAAAGCAUACUUCAUCAUGUUAGAUACCACCAGUAAAAUUCAAACCUUAAAACUGCUUUAUCUUAAAGUUAUUUAUUGGCUAUUUCCAAUAAAUAAACUGGUAACCGAUAAUAUGUUAGACUGUAGUAACCAGCUAUUAACCAGCUAGUUUUGUCAUACUAGCUGGUUAGUAAACCAAAGAAUCAAAGUGUUUUUAUUAUAAUACAGUCAUCAAAAAAAACAAAGUACACUCUGUUUGGAUUCUACAAUUUUACAUAUCAGGACAUAAUAAAAAUAAUCUGGUCUUCAGCGGGUCCUGAAAUGAAAUAAAUCCAGUCUCAGAUUAAGUAUAAAACAUGACAUAUUAUCUAAUGUCUUUAUUUAUUUAACAAAAUUAAGCUAAAAUGCAGAAGCAGUUGGUGAAAAACUAAGUACACCCUGACUAUUUCCAUAGAAAUUUAGAGGGUAAACAGCAGCCAGGUGCUGUUAAACAAAAGCACUUUAUUAACUGAUCAUCAGCGAGUGUGAGUGCCUCAAUAAAACUAAAGUUUUGGCAAUAUACCGGUCUCGCGCAUUCAGCCGUUUGUUACCCCAAUGCGAAAGAAAGAUGUUGAUGUCCAUCAGUUUGGGAAGGGUUGUAAGAUUAUUAUAAGAUAAAUAUAAUUCUACAGUGAGAAAGAUCAUUACAAGCGAAAAGCAUUUAAGACAGCUGCCAAUCAGCCCAGGAGUGGAUGUCCCAGCAAAUUCACCCCGAUUGUAAAGUUGAAAGCUACAUCUCUACAGGCCUCAGUUAUCAUGUUAAAUAUUAAAGUUCAUGUCAGUUCAUUUAGAAAAAGAAGGACCGAGUGUGGCUUGUUUAAGGGUUACCAAGAGAAAAGCUCCUCUCUCUAAAAAGAGCAUGACAGCGUGGCUUAGGUUUGCAAAGUUGUAUCUGAACAAACCACAAGACUUCUGGAACAAAGUCCUUUAGAUUUAGAUUUAGAUGAGACAAAGUGGACAUGUGUGGCCAUGACGCAUU